UCCAGUGGUAACAAGACACCAGUGACCUGAAAUAGCGGAUUUGAACGCACAGCGGUACAUGGGUUAUCACAAGCCCUCGAUGCCUUCAUGUAUUCUUACCAUUACCUGGAUGAGACGGAAAUGCUCUUAUUGUCCUCAAGGAUCCGCGGAUGUAGUAUUUUAUAACUGCUAAUUACUUCGAAGUAUUUAUCGCUGACAUCGAAAUUUCGCAGUGACCAAGGCUGCUAGUGCUUACUCAUAAGUCAUGGUUUAGGAUAUCUUCUGAACUAGCUAGUAGAGUUGGUAAGUUAGAUCACUGAGGCACCGAACAUUUUCACUUUGGACGUAGCAUUAGUUGUCACACAAUGGCAAGUACUUUGAAAACGCAGUUCUUACAACUUUGGCACUAUCUGCAAGACCCGCAUCAUGUUGCGCUAUUCCAACAAAUGUGUGGCGUAAGAGGAACAUUCUCAAGAAACCCAGCAGACUGUACCGAAGCGAGGCAGACGAGCCUACUCAGCAACGGCGCGUAUGGCAACGGGGUCCGUUUGAACGGAGGAGGAGAGGGGGAGGCAGCCGAUCAUCUGCGGCAGCGAAAAAGUAUCUCUAUUGACAACUGUUGUAGGGCAGCGGCGUCUGGUAGUGAUGAUCGGCUAUUAGAAACAGCGGUGUCGAAAACUACGGGGGAGAAACCAGGGUGUCAUAACCGCUAUAAUAAUCCCCACUCCGCUGAUACCAGCGAUGGCGAACAUCCGCAGGAGAUGGGGGAAGUAUCGGAAAGUAACGGCCCAGGCCUUGACGACAUGUCGGAGGUCACAGACGACUCGACCUGCCCCACUAGCACUGUUAAACCUCUGCGUAAGAACUCUCUGACUGAAGACGCGGGGCAAGAGUUUCUCAUCGAGAAUACGUUUUUAUUCUACUUGUUCACUUUCGGAUCUGAACUUGGCAAUGAACUCUUCUACAUCACUUUCUUCCCCUUCGUCAUCUGGAACGUGGACGCCUACGUGGGUCGGCGGCUCAUCGUGGUCUGGGUCUGGGUGAUGUACGUGGGCCAGUGCACCAAGGACCUGAUCCGGUGGCCGCGGCCCGCCUCGCCGCCCGUGGUCAAGGUAGAAAUGUUCUACAACUCCGAGUACAGUAUGCCCUCCACGCACGCCAUGUCCGGUACCGCUAUCCCCCUCUCCCUGUUCCUGCUCACCUACGGACGCUGGGAAUAUCCGUUCCUGGUGGGCUUCACGUUGGCGCUGAGCUGGUGUGUGUUGGUGUGUUUGAGUCGGAUCUACAUGGGCAUGCACUCUAUCCUGGACAUCAUCAUGGGUAUCCUGUACAGCCUGCUGAUUCUGCUGGUGUUCAGUCCGGCGCUGGAGCCCAUUGACCGCUUCAACCUGAGCCAUCGCUGGGCACCGGUGCUGAUCGUGUCGCUGCACGCAGGGCUGGGCCUGUUCUCCUUCACGCUGGACACGUGGAGCACGUCGCGCGGCGACACCGCCCAGAUCCUGGGGUCCGGCGCCGGCGUGGCUCUGGCCUCGCACCUCAACACGUGCCUGGGGCUGCUGCCGGACGCGCCGCUGUCCUCCCUGCCGCUGCGCUCGCCCCCGCUGACCGCCGCGCUGGCCGCCAUCUGCGUGCUGCGCUUCCUGCUGGGCGUGCUCCUGCUGCUGGCCACGCGCGCCGUCAUGAAGGCCGUCACCAUCCCGCUGGUGUGCCGGCUGACCGGCGUGUCCGGUGCGGACGUCAGGGAGGCGCGGCAGCACAUGCAGGUGGAGCUGCCCUAUCGCUACAUCGUCUACGGCACCAUCGGCUUCAACGUUCUCUUCCUCGUGCCGCUGGUCUUCGGCUACCUGGGCCUGUCCUGAUUGGCUCGGAGGCCGGAGCACACCACCAAUGACAUUCCUCGCUCUGUAUGACCCGCCCCCAUCAUCCACCCCACUCCCACCCCAAAGCCACCAAUGGUUGAACAGCAAAAUGAUUGAAGCGAUUGAAAGCCAAUCAUUUAGUGCUGCUCUGUCAUAUUGAACUGUUUUAUUGGUGUUUUAUUGUUCUUGUUUUUUUUUAUUUCUAGAUACUUCAUUCAUUCUGAUCGGUUUGAGUUUCAGCUCUGUUGGCUCUUUUCUGGGUUCAGGAGUCUUGUUCCUCUUGUGCGAUGAUUUCUGUGCGAUGAUUUCUGUGGUGAUUUCUGUGCGAUGAUUUCUGUGGUGAUUUCUGUGGUGAUUUCUGUGGUGAUUUCUGUGUGGUGAUUUCUGCGUAGUCUCAGAGAUUCCUCACGCCUGUCUGAGGUUCUCCACAGUCUUCGUCAUCCACCCUCUCUCACCUCGCUUAGCCACACCCACCCCAAGGGGCUCUGAUGAGGAACGCCAUGAAUAAACGUGUCACCCUAAGGCCCGCCUGUGAUUGGCAGAGGGCCUCCUCUGUGGCCUGUACCACUAGUGCCUUUAAUGCAGGGGGGUGAAGGAAGGGCUCAUGUCAUGACAGCCCUUGUGAAAUGCACUCUGUAGUGGAGUGGAGGUGUGUGAGAUGACAACUCUUGGCUCUGCACAGAACCGGUUCCUCAAUGAGAACACACGGUUCCCUUUAUAGACUCCUGGUGUCUGCUUACCUGUCCUGGGCGUGUGUGGUGGUACCUGGUGGACCAGGUGUGGCGGAGCUCACCUGUGCGCUGGCCUGGAGACUCCACAGCGCUGUGGUACUUUGAUGUGUUGUGUUGUCUCUUUAGUUUGUUUACAUCUGAUUGAUUGUUUAUUUGUUUGUUUGUUUGUUUUGUGUGUAUUCAGGUAGCAGCACUGCUAAAUGAAAGAAGAAUGAUGAUAAAUUUUCAUCACCUAAAACUGAGCAUUUUUUUUAUCCACGGCCUUAUUAAGACAACUUCUUCUUUCAUGCCCCAAGCACAUAUUCUAUUGUCCUACCCAAAGCACAUAUUCUAUUGUCCUACCCAAAGCACAUAUUCUAUUGUCCUACCCAAAGCACAUAUUCUAGCGACAGCCAUUACAGAUUGCAGGGUGAAUUACAUCUUCUCUAUAUCUAAUCAAUGUAUUUUAAGAGCCUUAUAGAGAGUUUAUAAACAUGCCUUAUAGUGAGUUUUUAAACAGUAUUUGGUUGAAUUCUUGUGAAGUUAAAAACAUUAAGCCUGAGUUAUGAUGACCAUAUUGACUUUGAAACUUCUCUGCAUAAAUACUGCAGGGUUAAGUUUGAGCUGGUUUGGCCGUUGGUGUUUCACAUGUUCUCUCUCACUUUGUUCCUCUCGGGGCCACCAUACUGUGCACAUAUUGCACUGUUCCCAGAAUGCACUGUGUUCCUCAGCUGAUUGCCUUCACUGGUCUCCAUGGUGAGGACUGUCUAAGGCCCCAGCUAGCUUGUGUGUGUUUAUUUGUGGUACCUAGAUUUGUGUGUGUGUCUUUUGAUGUAUAUAUGUUUUUGUUACCUAAAACAGACGUGUUUUCUCAGUAGCAAGUAAAACGAGUCAGUGGCCUCUAUUCUGAGAACCCAAACAGGAAGUGGUUUGAGAAUAUUACCUGGACAUAGUACGCUGACCUUAGCUUGACUGUUGGUGACUUUCACUCUCUCCCUGUCGUCCUCUAUGUGUGUGUGUGUGUGGG